AUGAUGAAGAUUCUAUUCGAGCUUUGCGUGGGUCGAGAUCCUUACGCGAACGGUCAGUCUUCUUUCAUACCUCCUCUUACGGACAAUGGUCUGUCUUUGUCCUUCUCUCCUCUUAGAGAGCAUUGUAAGUCUUCUUCCAUCCCUCCACUUACGGAGAACGGUCAGUCUCCUUCCUUCCCUCCUCUUACUGAGAACGGUCAGUCUUCGCCCUUCCCUCCUCUUAUGGAGAAAGGUAAGUCUUCUUCCUUCCCUCCUCUCCCGGACAAGUUCUCCGGUCAGUCUUCUUCCUUCCCUCCUCUCCCGGACAAGUUCUCCGGUCAGUCUUCUUCCUUCCCUCCUACUGUUGGUGUUGUGAAAAGAGUUCCUCAUGAUGUAGCGGAUGUGGCUUCUCUUAUUGAUGCGGAUAUGGCCGUGGUAGCUGCCCCAUUCGGUGUUUGUGAUCAUAUUCAAUAUCAGAAUACCAAUAUGAAUCAUAGUCAGCAAGGACCGAUUCAACAAUAUGGAAUACAUGAUAUGAAGCCGAAUCAGAAUAUGCAUACAAUUAUGCAUCAUAAUAGGUAUGAGCCGGUGUAUUAUCAGGAUCCUGUUUGUUUUAAUGAUCAGAUUAAGCAUGGAAACCAUAAUAUGAAUCCGAAUCUACUACUAUUACCACCAACCACCAACCGUUCCUCUUGCCACCACAAGUCACAUGUCUUCAAUCACCACCGCAUCCAGCAGUGA